UCUCUUUUGUCCCAUACAAAAGAAAAAAGUGUACACACACAUGUUAGCAUUUAACGCACACUAGUAUAACUCCAAAUACAAACACGGCGCGCACACAGAGCGACGCGGCCAGUUCACGGCAUUCAUUCUCGUCGGCAGAUGGCGGAUGCAGUAGACGCCUUCCGUCAGUCGCGCAUAGACAACUCGCCGAGCGCAGUGCUAUUUUGUUUUGCUUAGCACCAUUUUGUGUGUAUCAUCUCGAACGGGACAUUGUGUGUUUGUGAUCAUAAGCCACGAACAAAGUGUACGCAGCAGUUCAGUGUUCAAACUUGCGACAUGCUCGUCGAGGGAUCGAUGCGAUAUCUCGGGCGCUCGUAGAAACCGCGCCUCCGUCAUGAGCGAGUGAUCGUCGACGUAAAAAAAGUUGACACAGGAAACAUGUCUGGGCGGCCCGUCGACGCGGAUGCGAGCGAAGGGUUCGAGUUCGAAAUUCGAAAGCGGUCAUGUCAUCGCCUCUCGGAUUUCGUCUAAGUCACCGUCCAAUGUCAAAGUGGUGUCGCUCGCGCCUCCCGGUCGGACGGAGCGGACGAUGCGCUGCGUGGUAGCGUGGUGGUGGCUGGCCGUGCUGUGCGGCGCGUGGCCGCCGGCGGGCGCCUGCAGCAGCAGCAUCAGCAAGCGGCCCGCGCGGCCGGCGCGCCCGCGGCCGCCGCAGCCGCGCCUCAACGUCACCUUCCCCACGUUCAAGUGCGAGCCCGACUACUCGGAGUACUACUGCCUCAACGGCGGCGCGUGCUUCACCGUGGUGAUCUCCGACAGCCCCAUCUACAACUGCGAGUGCCGCAGCGGCUUCGUGGGCCCGCGCUGCGAGUUCAAGGACCUGGACGACUCGUACGUGCUGACGAGCCGCCAGCUGCUCAUGGAGACGGCGUCCAUCGCGGGCGGCGCCACGGUGGCCGUGUUCCUGGCCAUCCUGGUGUGCGUGGGCGCGUGGCUGCGGCUGCGGCGCGGCAAGGCGCCGCCGCCGCUGCCGGGCCCCGUGCAGCUGGUGGCCGUGGCGCCGCGCGGCUCGGCGCGCCUGUGCGCGCCCGACGCGCUGUGCGCGUACAGCUAGCCUGUGGACCCGGGGUUGUUCAAUCUAUGUGAUAAUUAAUUUACGGAGCUCAUAAUUUAUUGGAAGGAAUUCUUUGUACAUAUGGAUCCGAGCCGUUCGGGAGUGUUGCGUUUGUUAAAUUCCAGUCCUCUCCUCGGUGUUUGUGAAAUGUAAUCUGUAUUAUUUUGUUGGUAUUCAGUGUAUUGGACUUGUGAGGUUAGCGACGACCCUACACUUAUGCUACUCGCUUCAAAGUAGAGCUGUUAUGUUGUAUAUUCUGCCAUCCUAUAUCCAAAAAGCAUUUAACUGCAUAAAGUAUUUCCGAGUUACCCCAAAAAAUAUGUGGGAAUUUUUAAUAAUUCAUGUUUCUAAAAAAUAAUGCUAUGUAGAACCAGUUUUUAAUUAGAUUUUAAUUUGGUCCAACAGAGCAAACUUUUAGAAACAUCUGUUUUUCUAAAUUCCCACAUUUAUGCAGAUAACUCAAACUAUUUUUGGAGUAAACUGCUUGUUAGAUAUAGGCAGGCAGUAUUGUUGGCACUAUGUCGCAGUGCAGCAGCCGCGUUCCUCCCAUGCUGUCUCGCUGUCAAAUUGUGGUGUGAUGGUUCUUAUUGGACUUCACAUAUUGAGGGAGAGGUUUGUGGGUGUCACAGUGCGGGAAGGGCGCGGCGGCGGCGGUGCCUCUGGUUCCACUGCAUGUUAUUGUUUGUACUGUAGCAAAUGUUUAAAGGUCUGUAGGGCCGCUGGGCCGGCUCGCCUGCACCGGCCGGUACGGCUGGGGUGCAGGCGGGGCGGGCGGGUGUACAUGUGUAUAUUGUGCCGGGGCGGGCCCACCCGGCGUGGUGUUGUACUAUAGUUGUAUAAUGAAUGUGAUGAAUUGGCUGCAGAGCCGCGUGGCGCAGUUCCUAGCCGCAGCACAUUCCAUCAGCGGAUCAGUAUUAUUUGUAAUACGAGUGUUAAGCCGGCAGCUUUACUUUAUUUUUUAAUUUAUACCUGGAUAUCCCGGUGGGAUAGCGCUGUAUUAUAUUCAUUUAAAGGCUGAGACGUGCCCUCAUCGAAGGCUUCUUGUAAAUAUAGCCCGUGUAGGUAUUUAUUAGAUAUUUAUGAAGUUUAUUUAUUGACUGCUUUGUUUAGUUAAACUCAUGAUCAGCCGCAUCCAACUCGCCUAAUACCAUGAAUGUAUGAUAAAGGUGGAUCAGGCACUUCUAAUACCAAUUGAAGCACUAUUUACUUAUCUCUAUCUCACUUUGACUACAAAUUCGAGCAAGAGUUCUGAUCCCAGCAUUGCCAGAUAAUUAUGUGGCAAAUCCUAUGCACAAAACCCUAAAAAGAUAGAAAAGUUUACAAAACAGGAUGCUGCUGCGCCUUAUAUAG